UGUAGUCAUGGUAAUGAAUAAACAGUGUAUGUGGACACCCCCACUAACUUCACUCUCCUCUCCUUCUUCUUCACCCUCACUUGUCCCCACCUAACAUGUCCGUACUUCAAAAGUACACCUUCUUGAAGGUUUUGGGUGACGGUACCUUUGGUGUGGUGAGCCUAGCCAAAGAAAAAGAGACUGGCAAUAUGGUGGCCAUUAAAAAGAUGAAACAGGACUUCCUUAGUUGGGAAGAAUGCCUGAAACUGAAAGAAGUUCAAGCGUUGCAGAGACUAAAGCAUGUAAACAUUAUCAAAGCGACUGAGAUAUUCCGAGACAACAACACGCUCUAUUUUGUAUUUGAAUACAUGAGACAGAAUCUUUAUGAGCUAAUAAAAUCAAGGGGUAGUAACCUGUUCCCUGAGCAUGUAGUGCGCAACAUUUCUUAUCAAAUCAUUCAAGCUGUCUCUUACAUGCAUAGUCAGGGUCUCUUCCAUAGAGACUUGAAGCCUGAGAAUAUAUUGUGUCAAGGUCAUGAGCUAAUUAAAUUGGCUGAUUUUGGACAAGCACGGGAAAUAAGGAGUCGCCCUCCAUACACUGACUAUGUAUCAACCCGCUGGUACAGAGCCCCAGAAGUACAGUUAGGAUCAAAGAAUUACAACUCUCCCAUUGAUAUAUGGGCAGUAGCUUGCAUCAUGUCAGAGGUGUACUCUGGUAGACCGUUAUUCCCUGGAUCAGGGACCAUCGACCAAGUGUACAAGAUCUGCGGAGUAUUAGGAACUCCUACUAAAGCCACGUGGGGCGAGGGUGUUGGCCUGGCUGUCUCAAUGUCCAUCCGUCUCCCUAUAAUGGUACCCACCCCACUGAGUGCUCUGGUACCCACGGCUAGCGAUGAUGGGAUUAGCGUCAUGAAGGAGAUGCUUCAAUGGAACCCAAGGAGAAGACCCACCGCCAAACAGGUUUUGAUGCACAAGUACUUCCAAGUUGGUCAUCCUUACCAUACUCCGUCACAAGUGACAUCCACUACUGGCCAUAGCACUAAGAACACACUGACAAACACUCCGAACAGAGAAAAAGAAAGAGAGAAUGAGAGAGGAAGCAGAUGGCAAGAAGACAAAGAAGGAAAGAGAGCUAAUCAGUAUUUAGGAGGAGCUGGACCUUAUGAUAGAAAUGUCAGCGGAACCAAGAAAUUUGAACAAGCUAAGGCAGAAAAAGGAGGAUUACCUGAGGUAUUGAAGAAGAGUUCUGGCUCGUACAAUAACUCGCCUCUAUUUGGGAGUCAUAAUGCUAAUGGUGGAAUAGUUACACAGCAUCAGAGAAAACAGUGGCAGACGAGAUCCACAGCUGAGAGUGGCGACAGUGGAGUCGAUAGCGAAGGAGCUCAAUUCAGCAAUCAUUUUAAUUCCUUUCCGAAAUAUAAAGGCCCUCCAUUAAAGCCACCUGCUCCAGUCAUAACAUCACUAGUCCCGCCUAGCAAGCCCUCAGCCGUCCCUCUCAUUUCCAGUUUAUUUGGUGGACAAAAACGAGCCGUAAAGAGAAAAGACACCCUUCCAACCAUCGACUCUUUUGUGGGCGGAGAUGAUCAGAGUAGGCGGGGCCAGUUUGUUGCCAAGGAAACGACAGGGGGCAGGAGAGACGAGGGGCUGGACAAGUUCCCCUUUAGCUGGAAGUCGAAGGUACAUGUAUCUCCAGGUGUUGUGGAUAAAAGAGAAGCUAGUAAUUUUUAUUUGACGAGAGCAAGAUACUCACCCAUCGUAUCGGGGAAGGUUGGGUUUGGUAGUGGCGCUCCUCGAUUUAACGACCCUACUCCGUCUCCUAAACACUCUGGGAGUAUAAGAGAACCUAACGGAAGGAACUUACUACCUUAUGGUCAGUAUGGUGAGGGAGGGAGAGGAAGACAAUGGAAUGGAGGAGGUGAAGCAAGAGCUGGUGGUGGAGCAUUCUUUGGUAAUAGAACAAGAGGAGUAGAGAAUGUUACCACAACCACUGCUGCUGCUGCUGCUGCUAGUAAUAAUCAUAGAGGAGGAGGAGGAGGAGGUUCAGUUUUACCUAAUCUUGGGUUACUAGCAAGAGUUGACUGGUCAUCAAGAUACAAAAGAUGAAAAUAAUCAAUUAAUUAUAAUAAUUCAGAGCAAUACAGAAUUGUUUUUUUAUUAUUGUCAAAACACAUCGUUAUUGUAUUUAAAAAAUUAAUGUUGAAGGGAUGAGCGUGAGCUAUGAUGAAGUGCAAAAUUUUAAAAUUUAUCUCAUCAAAAAAGGAGUUGAUUUUUAAACUUUAGAAUCAAUUAAACUUUA